AUGUCCGGUCUGUCUGCUGAACAACAUGAACGUAUCACCGCAGCCAACGCUAGAAAAAUCGAAGCCGUGAAACUGACUAUGGCCGAAGCUUUGCCAAUGAAGCCAAAACGACCAGCAGUUCCAGCUGAUCCAAAUGCACCACCUAGGAAGAGAGGACGUCCGAAAGGGAGCGUCAACAAGCCGAGACCGAAUGGAGCACAAGCGUCGGUUUCGCUCGGUGGACACUAUUCGCGAGAUUCUGUUGUACGAAAAUGGCAUGAAAAACGGAUGUGCAAGGAUCCAAAAUCUUGUAACAAUGGAGGUUUACAGUCGUUGUCUAGACCUCGUCUGACCAAUAAUAUAACCCGCGAUCGCGUUCCACUUGCACAGCCAUUCCAGUCCAGUCGUCUGAAUAAGGACAAACAACGAGACACUACCGCGCCAACAGCAGAGUCCUCAAGUGACACCAAUCAUGCUCCGAAGCUAUGCAGCAUUCUGCCAUCGCUGUCGGAGAACUCGUUCUCGGAUGGCGACAUGACACCUCCACUAUCUAUCGUCGACGACUACAAUACAGACCAACAAAGGUUCCUCACCGGAAACCCAAUCAGAGACGAUGAGUCUCAGUCUCCGUCUACUUGCGCCACACCUCUAUCACAACAGACACGGCAGCGCAAUGACGAAGAACCGCUCACUUCAACGCGAAGAAAAAGCAAAGAGAGACUACGACAUCAGAAAUUCAAGUCGCUUUCGCAGGAGCUAACCUCGCUGUUGUCGUCAUGUGAGGACCAACAAAAAAUCAAAAUAGCUUGCGGCCUUCAGAGAAUAAUCAGCGAACAGAAAGACGUGCAGCAGGUAAUGCAAAUGGUCAGCCGAAUAGAAACCGAAGUGAGUGGGAGGUCCGAACACGACAAGGACAAAAUGGCCAGUGUAUUGAGAGACUAUGCGAAGAAAUGUGAUGAGAAGCUCAACGCCACUAAUGACACUCUGCUUACUGUUCGCGCUGAACUGUCCCGUAUCGGAGACCAGUGCCAUUCUUUGCGCCAAACAUCACUGAGGCAUACAAAUGAGAUUGAAGCCGUCCGAAACUCCUUGAAGACCUCAUGUGACUCCGUACGACAAAUCGCUGAAGAAUUGACGGCAAAGCUGGAGAUGGCGACAUCAGAUGCGCCGGGUAGAAUGAAAGCGUAG